AUGGCGAGCCAAAGAUUCCAAGAUAUGCUGGGUCGCAAUGAAAAAUUUGUUGAGACUUAUACCAUGCCACCGACUCUGCAGCAAAUCAAAGAUAACGCACCUCCUGGGCGGGGAACAAUGGCUAUCAUCAGCUGCUCUGAUCCCAGAGUUUGCCCAGAGGAAUUUUUAGGGAUAAAGCGUGGGGAAGCUUUGGUGAUACGAAAUGCAGGUGGUCGUGCGGUGGAAGCGAUCCGAAGUCUAGAGGUGAUGGGCACGAUUGGAGCGAUCCAACUUAUCGUUGUUAUUCAUCAUACCGAUUGCGGAGGUCUUUUUACCUGCGACGAUGAAGUUCGCAGGAAGUUAGGCGAAAGAGCACCUGAGCACAAGCACUUGAUUGAGAAUAAGAAUUUUGGAACAUUUCAGGAAAUUGGAAUCCGACAAAGUAUUCUUGAUGAUGUGGAGGUGAUCAAGAACUGGAAGUUUCUCCCGGAGUAUACUGAGGUGAAGGGAUUCGCUUAUACGAUUGAGGAUGGAAAGUUGACGGAACUGGUAUAA